AUGUCAAACCGCACAGUAACAAGGUUUAAAAACAACUUACCUGGUGAAGAUUGGGCAAGGAGUUUUAUAAAGCGGCACGCAAAACAAAUACGUCCUCGCGUAUGUCAAAACAUUAAAACAUCUCGUUCAGAAAUUAAUAAAGGUGAGUUUGUUAAGUAUUUUGACAAUUUAAAAGAUGUGGUAAAAGAGGUACCAGCAGACAAAAUUUUGAAUUAUGAUGAGACUAACCUGGCGGACGACCCAGGUCAAGAAAAGCUGAUCUUUAAACGUGGAAAAAAGUAUCCCGAGCGUGUGAUGAAUUACACCAAAGGCAACAUUAGUAUUAUGUUUUGUGGCACAGCAAGUGGAGAAUUGUUACCAGUUUAUGUGGUGUACAAGAAUGUACACAUGUGGACCACAUGGACUACUGGUGGUCCUAAAUAUGCUCGAUAUAACCGUUCAAAGAGUGGGUGGUUUGAAGCCAUUAGUUUUAAUGACUGGUUUCGAACAGUAGUGUUACCUUGGGCUAGAAAGAAAGAAGGCAAAAAAGUUGUAAUUGGUGAUAAUCUUUCCAGUCAUUUUUCACCUGAUAUCAUCAGAUUAUGUGAAGAAAAUAACAUUUCUUUUGUGUGUCUAGUCCCAAAUAGCACACAUUUAACCCAGCCUCUUGACGUUGCCUUUUAUGGCCCACUUAAAAGAAAAUGGCGCAAAAUUUUAAAGCAGUGGAAAAUAUACAAUCCAAGCUUGACAUCACUCCCAAAGAAUGAAUUCCCUCGACUCCUGAAAGAAUUAGUUGAGUCCCUGAAUACCGCUGGCUUCCAAGCAUGUGGUAUUUACCCCCUAAAUCCAAAUGAAGUUUUAAAAAAUAUGCCCCAAAGUUCUGAAGAUGCAUCAAUCAACAUCUCAACAGCUGUGAUUGAGCAAUUGAAAAAAAUGCGAAAUCCAAUCCAUGAAAAGCCAACCCCUCGGCGGAAACAAAUUGUAGUUGAGCCUGGAAAAAGUGUUUCCUUAGAUGACUUGACAUGUGAUAAAGAUGAUGCUAGUGAGCAUGAUUCAGAGGAAGAGUCUGACAGUGAUGAAUCUCAAUCUGAAGGAUCCAUCAUCAGUGAUUUAAGUGAUCAACACAGGUUGUCGACACGCAUGGAAGAUUUGAAACCAUUGGAACAUAAUGAUAUCAACAUUGGACAAUGGGUGAAAGUUAUCCAUGAAGAAGAACUAUUUGUUGGAAAAGUGUUAAAGAAAACUGGAGGUGAAACCUUAGUACAAUGUUUACAGAAGCCUUUUGGGAUCAGAGAGCCCCAAAGCCUUGAGAGGGAAAAUGAUUCAGUCUAUUACCAAAAUGUAUAUGAAGCCAAUGUAACCCCUCAAUUACAAAAAGUUGGUCGUUGUUGGAAGUACAACUGUUAA